CACUGAAUCACUGGCGCUGUGCAAAUGCAACCCUAAAAAUAUAUCGUAUUCCUAUUGUCUUCAUUCUUCCCCAACAAAGAAUUAGCCACCCCCUUCUGCGCACCGCCCUUCUGCCGACGCGACUUCCAUCUUCUUUCCGUAACCACCUCAUUUGCAAUCUUCUUCCGCCGCGAAAGGGGGGCUAUUGCACCACACAACCACCACCUUCUUGGAGUACUAAAUUGAGUGUGGAAGUGUACAAUCACGAUGGCUGGAUCUGAUUCACAAAAAGAGAUACACGGAAAUACUAAUGAAAUGUCACUGGAGGAUAUCUUGGAUGGCACUUCAGCGAGAACAAGACCAAUGAGUUAUGAUGAGAUAAUGCGUAGAAGAAAAAACAAGGGAGAUACAGCUCAACAACUUUCCAGCAGCUCUGGUGCAGUUGAUAGUGAAUUAGCUCAAGAGAACAUGGAGAGGGCAUCUGAUAUUCCAGAAUGUCUUCCGCGAAUAAGUGAUGAUUCGAAACCACUGGUUGAAAGCAGAAACAUUGAUCAUGUGAAGGUAAGGUCUAGGAAAAAAUCGGAUGUUAACGCGUCUAGAAAGAAUGAGAAUUCGGUCCAGGAUAAUGCAGACCGAUCUCGAUAUCCUGAUGCUAAGUCAAAGGACAGAGGAGACAGGAUUCCGAGGCGCGAUAGAGUAUCAGAUGAAAUAAUUGAGGCAAGAAAUCGGGGCAGCAGAAAAACAGAAGACCUAUCAAGAGUUUGUUCUGAUAAUGGACUUGACAAGAGGAAGGAUAGUGAAUCAUAUAAACAGGAUAGAGUUUCUGAAAGAAGCAGAGUCAAAUCUGAAAUAGUAAAAGCACAACCACAUAAAGAUGAGAGACAGAUUCACAGAAAGAGGAAAACAGAUGAGCAGAUAGGCAGUGAUUCUGAUCAUGAGCAUAAGAAAAGAGAUGUGAGAGAUGAUAGGAAAACAGAUACCUUAAAUGCCAGAGGCAGAGAGAAAUCUGUAAAGGAAAAGAAACACAAACAUCACCAUCAAGAAGAUAAGUCUAGAGGCAGGGAUAGUGUUAAAAAGAAUGAUUCUGUAAGAAAAGGGACAGAACCAACACGGACAUAUCUUGAAGGAUCCAGGUCAAAAAGAAGACGGUCACAGAGCAAGGAUCGCGAAAAAAAUGUAGGUAAAAGAUCUCUUUCACAGUCACCAAAGGCUUACAAGCACACAUCGAAAGAUAAAAGUGCAGAACCAUCAUCUCAUUCUACAAAAGACAAAUCGGGAAGAGAACACUCUAAUGUUGAUAACAAGAGGAUGUCCAGUACUGGAUCUACAAGUUACUACAGGCGUAAUACUAAUAAUUCGAGUGGUCUUGGAGGCUAUUCACCUAGAAAGAGAAAAACAGAGGCUGCUGCUAAAACUCCUUCCCCAACUCGUCGUUCUCCAGAGAAAAGAGCUGCUGGAUGGGAUUUGCAACCUGUUGAAAAAGAGAGUGUGAUAGCUACAUCCACUCUUUUCAAUUUGAAUGCUACAAGCCAAAAAUUAUCACUGUAUAAUAUGGAGUACCCUGUGGCUCCUCCUGUAGUGAAGCCUAUUGGAGUUUCUCUCCAUUCCAUAUCUUCACAGCUGCAUGCUGUGGAGUCAAUUCAGCUAACUCAAGCGACAAGACCUAAGAGGAGGCUUUACCUAGAAAACUUGCCUGUUUCAGCAUCUGAGAAAGAUUUAAUAGAGUGCAUUAACAAGCGUUUGUUGUCAUCUGGUGUUAACUAUGUCCAAGGGACCCAACCUUGUAUCAGCUGUAUAAUACAUAAGGAAAAGAGUCAAGCUCUUUUAGAGUUUCUGACCCCUGAGGAUGCUUCUGCUGCUCUUUCUUUAGAUGGAAUGUCCUUUUCCGGUUCGGAUCUUAAACUCAGACGCCCCAAGGACUAUGCUAAUGUAACUACUGGUCCUUCUGACAAAUCUGUGGGUGUUGUUGAUUCAAUCAGUGACAUUGUAGAAGAUUCACCCCACAAGAUCUUUAUCGGUGGCAUAUCAAAAUUUCUUUCUUCUAGAAUGCUUUUGGAUAUCGCCAGAGCCUUUGGACUCGUAAAAGCAUUCCACUUUGAGUUAAUCGCUGAUACAAAUGAACCAUGUGCAUUUCUUGAGUAUGUUGAUCAUUUAGUGACUUCAAAGGCAUGUGCUGGUCUUAAUGGCAUGGCAUUGGGCGGACAAGUCCUAACUGCAGUACUUGCUACUCCAGAACCUGAUAUGGAAAAUGCUGGAAAAUUGCCUACUUAUGAGAUCCCUGAACAUGCAAAGCCCCUUAUCAAGAAGCCUACUACUGUUUUAAAGCUGAAGAAUGUGUUCAACCCUGAUGACCUCAUUUCAUUGUCCGAAUUGGAACUAGAAGAAAUAUUGGAAGAUAUAAGGCUGGAGUGUUCCAGGUUUGGUAUGGUGAGAUCUAUUAAUGUUGCCAAGAAAACAAAUGCUGCUGGCACCAUGGAAUUGAAUGAGAUAAGUAACGCGAGUGCUUGUACUGAUGCAUAUGACUUUCACUUUGCAAAUAGGAGCCAUAGAGUCGAACAACCCAGUGAGAGUACAUCUGGGGUUAGAGAGUUCGAGAAAUCAGAAACUCUGGAGGCCCCAACUGAACUGGAGAAUAAUAUUCGAAUUUUGGAAGAGAAAAGUGGUUGUGAUAAUAUUACUGGCUCAUCUGAUGUGUCAAGUGGAUCACUUGAGCCCGAUAAUAUAACUAGGUCCCCGGUGGCUGAUGAAAGCUUGUCUAAUGAGAUAACUGCCGGCAAUAUUGCAAGAUAUGAAGUAUGUGAACUACCAUUCAAUGGUGAAGAUGCUUCUUUCAAAGAAUCUGCAAGCCAAUCAAACCCAGAAGAUUUUACUGGAGAAUCUGGGAAUCAACAACAUACUUCAGAUACUGAGCAGAUGACCAAAUGUAAUAAUUCCAGUUCUACUUCUGUAAUGAACUAUGAACUUGAGAACAAACCAUCUACCAAAAACUUGAUAGAAGACCAUAAUGCAAAACCACAGAGAUCUGAGCAAGCGUUGGAUAUUGAAGAGAGAAAUGAAGUAGUAAAUGUUGAGUUGGAUAGCAUUGACAGAAAACAAUUGGAUGCUCCAGGGGAAGGUGAUAGAAAAAAUGUUUUUGUGGAUCUUGAGCAUAUCUUUGAGCCUGGCUCGGUUAUUCUAGAAUAUAGAAGAUUGGAAGCUGCUUGUGUGGCCGCACAUUCUCUACACGGACGUACAUUUGAUGGGCGUGUUGUGACUGUGGAAUACGUUGGUCAUGACUUGUAUCAGAUGAGGUUCCGCAGGUAACAUAGGCUGAUGCCGUAGAAUGAUACGGGCAUGGCUAGCUGAGGGUGCAGAACUGAGGUGAGAAGCCAGCUUUUGCUCUGAUAAUAUUUUGUUAUUCUAGUUUUCGUCCCAUUUGGGUUCUCUGGCAACCCGCAUGCGGUGCUCUCACCAUCAGGCGCCAUCUUUUGCCAUUUCCAUGACUAAGUAGAAUGGUUGGCACUUGAAAGUGUGACAUCGUUGAUUAGAUUUGUCAUGUAUAACACUCAUUUUUUAUUUUCUUUUCAUUACUUGUGUUUUUCUGCCAGAAAUUGGGUGCAAUAUCGUUGUAUUGUAAUCUUGUGCUGGUUCAUUUAUAACUAAAGAUCGAAACUUCUCUAAAA